GUCAAUAAUACGUAACGUCCGAUUAGUAAAAGACAACAUGGCGUCGUUAGAAGAAUGGAGCGAUAUUGCUGAUACAGCUUUAAUUGGCAUUUUUUCGCGUCUGUCUGACCUAGACCGUCUGAAUGCUGCCUGCACGUGCAAGAACUGGUACCGGCUGUUCUCAACAUCCGCUCUAUGGCGGUGGAGACGCGUUAAGUUUGACACAGCGUCUCCAGAACUUACGGCGGAGCGCGAAAUCAAAUUCCUCGAUAAGUUCGGACACUGCCUGAACAAACUAUCCAUUUCGUUAGGGAGACCGAAUUUUAAAACCUGCAUGACGAUAUCCAAAGCGGCGGGCGUCUACUUUCAACGCAUGCACAGUCGCAACGACAUCCGGCUGAGGAUACUAGAACUGGAAGGUUUACACAUGGAGCAACGCUGGCACUUCGCACUUUCUAGAAACCGACUCGUGUCUUCUUUAUGCAAAAUGAUACGGAAACAAAAAUAUAUUGAGUCCAUUUAUAUGGCGAGCGCCAGAAUGCGCCUUGUCGACGGAUCGCGUAUUUUAGAGGCGCUUGCAAAAGGCGCCACGGGUUCAACUAUCAAAAACAUCUAUAUGGAGGACUUCUUUGAGCACAACGUCUUCCCUUUCCGCUACGAGCGAUUCGUGACGGCCAUGUCCAAGUUUUCCUCCUUAGAAAGUUUAAACAUUAAUUACCGAUACAUUAACGGCGUCAUGCUGCGAAACAUGGCAAACAAAUUGAACCACUGCUUGAAAAAUCUUUCUCUCGUCAUCGAGGGCGACGUGCGAGGUAUCGAAAUUCCGGCUGACGUUUGGACGGAGUUCGGGGAGAAGUGCCCCGGGGCGGAAGUCGGCAUAUAUCUCUGCACGACGGUCGUUCGCGGUAAUGACCUGCGGACGACGUUUGUCCGAGGUAUUCCGAUUGGACACGUGUACCUGACGUCGUGGUCAAGAGUGGACGAGACGGAGUCAAGACUGGCCGCGCUGCUUCGACAUCUUGGAAAUCUUUACCACAACUCUAUGAACAGUUUCGCGAUGUUCUUUGAGCAGCAUGAGCGCAUAGACGCGGGUCUCCUCUUCCUGCUCCGUCGGUGUCGGCACCUGGAGGACCUCUGUGUGCAGGCGCGCCUGUCCGCCGACACCGUCAUUGAGAUCAUGAAGUUGCAGCAUCAGAAUCGUCUAGCCCUGAAGUCCAUCAACCUAACGGUGCCCGGCCUGACAUCCGACGACUGGCGGCGCAUUGACGCCGAAAAAGAGCGCCUACUGACCGCCGUCCCCGACUUCAUCUACGUCGGCCCCACCGAGUUCGGCUCAAGCACGAGCGGCAGCAGCACGGACAGCACCGAUGACGUAAACGAAGACGUAGACGACGGUGGCGAUGACGUCAUUAUCGAUGAUGAUGACGAAGUUUUCCUGAUCAACGCGAAUAACUUGGAUGUAGAGGUAGAGCUGGAGAGAGACGAUGAUGCUGAUAAUGAGGAGGAAGGUCUGGGGUUCAUCUUGCCGCCUCGUGACAUGAAUAACAAUGAUGAUGACAACAAUGCGUUGGAGUAGUGGCGUCCAGGAGCAGGCUUAAGCUUUUUUUCACGGACAACGAUGAUAUAUGAGCCGCGUUCUUGAAACUGGGCUAAACGCAUAUGCGUAAAAUAACGUCCCAGAUUAGCAUGUUCUGUCCGAACAUGCUAAUCAGGGGCGACAAUUUCCGCCUCAAAAGGAUUUCCGGUUAAAGAAACUUCCUUUAACCGAGAAAUUUAAUAAAUGCUCAAAGUGUCGUCCCUGAUUGGCCUGUUCGGACUGCACAUGCUUAUCAUGGACGACACUUAGCGCACAUGCAUGAAGCCUGGACGACACUUAGCGCACAUGCAUGAAGCCUGGACGACACUUAGCGCACAUGCAUGAAGCCUGGACGACACUUAGCGCACAUGCAUGAAGCCUGGACGACACUUAGCGCACAUGCAUUAAGCCCCGUUUGCCCAGAACGAUGUUCAUAUGUAUACAAUUAUAUAGUUAAUGUGUAGUUAUUGUUAAAUGGCAUUAAUGGGCUGCAUUUACAAAAACGCCUAUGGGCUUAAAUCAAGCUUAGGAAUACAGAAUAACAAUUGCUUCUAUUGUUCUUUGAAAAAACAUGGCCAUUAAGUGGAGUCUCAUGAAGGUAUUUACGGAAUAUAAUUUAAGCAUUUGUUGUUUUAAAGGACUUUAAUGAUGACAUACUUGGCAUUUGUAGGAGACCGAUCCAUGAAGGCGCAGUACUUAAUAGUUUUGACUAACUCAUUUCUCGAACGCGCAGUACUUAAGAUUUUUUACUCACUCAAGUCUCGAACAAGCAGUACUUACUAGUUUUUAAUUACUCAAGUCUCGAACGCUAAUUAUUUAAUAGUUUUUACUCACUUAAGUAACGCACGAGCAGUACUUUAUAGUUUUAACUCACUUAAGUCUCGAAACUGCAAUUCUUAUUAGUUUUGACUCACUCGAGUCUCGAACGCGAAUUACUUAAUAGUUUUGACUCACUCAAGUUUCGAACGCGCUGUACUAAAUAGUUUUGACUAACUCAAGAGCGAAUCGCAGUACUUAUUAGUUUUGACUCACUCAAGUCGCGAACACGCAGUACUUAAUAGUUUUCACUCUCUCAAUUCUCGAACGCGCAGUACUUAAUAGUUUUGACUCACUCAAAUCUCGAAGGCGAAGUAUUUUAUAGUUUUGACUCACUCAAGUCUCGAGCACGCAGUACUUAAUAGUUUUUCCUCACUCAAGUAUCGAAUCGCAGUACUUAUUAGUUUGGACUCACUCAAGUCGCGAACACGCAGUACUUAAUAGUUUUGACUCAAUCAUAUCUCGAAGGCGAAGUAUUUAAUAGUUUUGACUCACUCAAUUCUCGAACGCGCUUUACUUAACAGUUUUGACUCACUCAAUUCUCGAAGGCGAAGUAUUUUAUAGUUUUGACUCACUCAAGUCUCGAACGUGAUGUACUUAAUAGUUUUGACUCACUCAAAUCUCGAACGCGCAGUACUCAAUAGUUUUCACUCACUCAAGUCUAGUUAUAAGACAUUAGUCUAGUUAAGUUUCCAUUCUUAAGUCUCGCUUCCAUUCAUUUGUCUAGUUAAUUUUAACUUGUUGAGUCUCGUUUCAAUUAUUUAGUCUAGUUAACUUUCCAUGCGUAUGUCUCGUCCCAAUAAAUUAGUCUAGUUUAGUUCCGAUUCUUAAGUCUAACAACCGUUUUCAGAGGACUUGUCUAGCGGUGUGAUAGUUUGCGUCACAUUAAGUGCCAUAACGCUCCUGAAGCAUAUCUAACGGAGCACGUAUGUGCAUCCCGUGUUAUAAGCAAUAAAGUUGACAAAUAUAAGUGGUAUGAAAUUGUUAUACAUUCAAAAACAUAAUUAUAUUAAUAAACUGGAGUCUACGAACGAAACACAUUGAUUAUCCAUGUGGCGAGUCACAUUUUGUGUUUGCAUUCUAUUAUAUAAAUCGCUUACAUUUCUUGUUAAUAUAGCCAUAACCUGUUGAUUUGUUGAACACUGACUUAUCGAUGUAUACAUGUAUAUUAUUGAAUAAUAUACACUAAUGGUAAUUCAACCAAGAGAACUGUAUUAUUCUUAAUGACUGUAUUUUUUCCAGGAUAAGAAUCAAUUCCAUUUCAAAAUACAAUAAAUUAUAAAAAAUAUAUUUACGCUUUGCGGCUUUGAGGUCCCAGUACGAUCCCGAACAAAUCGUUGGUCUCUUGUGUGCGUUUCCUCGAAUGAUGUAUCGUAAUGCAUACGAAACUCCGUUAGAAAUAACGCCAUGAAAUGUGAAACACGAACAAAGUGAAAGAACUUUUACGAAGAUGUGUAUUUUACACGACGAUGAAAUCGCACAAGAGCGUUUGAACAAAACACGCUCGCAUAUCGAACGUUCGCCUGUUGAUUUCGCUUUAAGCAUAUUUUUCAUUGAGUCUGCGCACCCUCAUUGUCGUACUAUGUUAACUUCGGUUGAAGAUUACGUAAUGCAUUAAAAGGAGAAAAGGCAAGUGGAAAUAACGGAAUCCGUACGUACUAUAUACGACAUACCGUUGGGCAUUUUGCGUUUUUUUCAGCGACCCCGGGAGUAAGCGCACGUAUUGACAUAAUUACAUUUAUUCUUUUUUUCCAGCUUACUAAAUCUUGGGUUGCAUUAACUUGUCACGAAUCGAAUAACGAAAUCGUAGUGUACUGACUAAAA